AUGUUUGACACUAUAGUAGGACCAUACCUUCUCCGUGCCGUAUGUGAAAAGAGAUUUCUGAAUAACAUUACAAUGUGUGACAGCCUCGAGCAACUUCCGGUAAUUGAAAACGAGGUCAGAAAAGAAGCGGGAAUUUAUUUCAUAAUCUAUCGUUUAUUUUUGAAUGUUCCUGUCAUUUGCUCCGGUUUAUUUUUUGGAGCAUGGAGUGAUAAGAGAGGUCGAAAAAUACCAAUGUUAGUCCCGUGUGUUGGAAUUAUAUUGUCAGCAAUAAUUUAUAUAUGUAGUUUGUACACGGGUUCUGUAGCUGUAUGGAUUGCCCUUCUUGGAACUUUACCACAAUCAAUUUUCGGAAACACCGCUGUUGCUGCAAUGUCUGUCAAUUCGUAUGUGGCAACAGUUUCGGAUCGAAACCAUAGGACAAAGUACAUUUCUUUAUUUGACGGGAUAAGUGCUGUAGGACAAGCUUUCGGUGCCGUACUAGCGGGACUUCUUAAGUGGGAGUUGGUGAUUUCUUUCAGUGUUGUUGCGGGUAUACAGUGUUUGACAGCUCUAUCAAUAGCGGUGUUUGUACAAGAAAUUGAUUCUUCAAUGAAGAAUGAGUAUAUAGAACAUAUUGAACCAGAGACUGGCAACAGUAACUGCUCUAAGAUUUUGAAUUGUAUAAAAACGUAUACAGAUUUGUUGAAAGAAAGUGGCACAAAUUCGUUUCGGUCAAUUGUCAUGGCUUACUUGAUCCUGACAUUUAUUUACGGCUGUGACACUAAUGGCGUAGAUGAUGUAUUUCUUAUGUAUGUAACAGCUCGACCGUUCAGCUGGACAAAGUCAUGCUGCACGUAUCUCGAGUGUUUUAAGAAAGAUGAAAAACUUUCAAUAACGAAGAUUGUCACACAGUCUGGAGAAUGCAGACGACCUGAAACGGAUGUACCAGAACAAAAUCAAUGCAGCAACGAGCUGUCAUCGACCGCGUUAAAAGAAAGUGAACUAAUGCCAAAACACGUACAAAAUGGACUAUGCAGUGGUAAUUCAAAAAUAGCUACAUAUACUCAUGCACCAGCCAAUUUGAGUCAAAGUCCCCGCUAUUCUCUAGGGGGUUGGGGAGCCAGGCUUACAGCUGACUAG